AUGGCACAGAACAACAUGUUCUGUGCCAUUCUGUACUACCAUUGUGUACCGACCAUUGUGUACCACCAUUCUGAACGACCAUUCUGUACCACCAUGGCACAGAACGACAUGUUGUGUGCCAUUCUGUACUACCAUUGUGAACCGACCAUUGUGUACCACCAUUCUGAACGACCAUUCUGUACCACCAUGGCACAGAACGACAUGUUGUGUGCCAUUCUGUAUCUGGCCAUUGUGCAUCCCCUCGUGUCCCGAGCCCAGCAGAGCAAGGCACGCGCGAAGCGCAUCCUGCUGGGAGUCUGGGCCGCCCCGUGCCUGCUGGCAUCGCCGUUCCUGCAGCCGGCAAGAGCGGAGUCCGACACCCUGUGGUCCCAGUACGGCAGCAUUUCACGACGAAGCUGCCUCAUCACGCUCGAUCCAAGCUUUAGAAGGGGCUACUACACGAGCCUAUUCGUGCUGAUGUACCUGCUACCCCUGGCGUUCAUCGGCUGGACGUGCGGCCGCAUCGCGCGCUGCCUACUCAGGGGCAUCGCUCUCACCCGCCAGGGUAGCCUUCGGCGACAGGAGGCAAACCGCCGAAAGGUGGCCAAGAUGGUGAUGGUCGUGGCCGCGGCAUUCGCGCUGUCCUGGACACCGUACUUUCUGGUGUCCAUGUGGACCCAGUUCGGCACCAACUACCUGGAGAAACAGAACUACUUCUUCACCAUGCUCAGCAUCAAUCUGCUCGCGUUCAUCAAUUCUUGCGUCAACCCGUUCAUCUACGCGGCCAUGAGCAGGCGCUUCCGUGGUGGCUUCCGGCGCAUCCUGCUUCCGGUCGCCUGCAUCGGAAGCUGCCAGUCUGGAUCCGGCUGGCCGCCCACCGCAAGGCCAGCCUGUGGUUCCCGCCUAUUCAUCGUCGUUCCGGCUUCGCCUCCAUCGGCUGGCGAACGGGACCAGCCUGCUGUCGACUGCGUCCAGUGGGUCGCAGAGCGACACCCAGACGCACUCGGCACUCCCGGGGGCUCACCCCCAGCAUCGAGUGGCGGCGGCGUUGAGGAGCGCGAGGCAGGCUAGACUAGCCAACGCCAACGGCAACGUCAUCAGAGAUGCGGCCACCGCCACGGACACCGGUCCGUUCUCGCUCUUGGCUACCAUCGCUGCCAAGAAGAAUGUCCAGGACGAAAGCGUGACCGAACAGCAUCGCCGGGCCCUCAGCGACUCGAUGCUGACCAGACACAAUGGCUGCUGUUCUGAGAACGGUAGCCUGCCUUCUGUAUCCAAGAGGCUGCCCGAAGUCGACCCGGAAGUGACGUCCAAGCGACGAGGCACCACCCAGUGAUGCUUGGCACUUAGCUCGCAGCCUUGAGGAGAAAUUCCUAAAGGACUCCGAGGAGGGACGAUACAGACGAGUGCAUCAGGAUGGAGAUAUCGUGGAUUUGAGAAGUCUGUGUGAGACACCAAGGCCAGUCUCUCAACAAUGUCAUGGAAAGAGCUAUCGAAUGUGGUACAAAAGGGCGGUUCUAAGUAGUGAGACUGAGCUUUACACCCUGACGGGUUUAUGGUGAUUGAUGCCUUGGAAAGCUGCGUUUAUUCCUCUACAGUGGAGUGAGAGAGUCGAUAUUUCGGUGUAGUCGUGAAAAAUUGUCGGCCCUUCGCUUAUGUGCGUGGGAAGAAGUCCUGAAAAAAAAAAUAUUCACAAUCUGCAGUGAGACAGUAAAUGAUAAUUAGUGCUUACUUUGCGGUGCAAUCUGCUAAAUCGUGAAUCCUGCAAAGUUGGGGAUAAAAAUGUGUUAUCCCUUCAUCUCCUGAGAACCGACGGCACUGGAAAUAGUUGUGUUACCUAGAUGUAACGUUUCUAGGGGAUGUGUACGGUGAAGACAUUGGUGGGGACAAGGGCCCCACGUCAACCCGAUAGGAAAGGUUACUGUGUUCUGAGUUAGCAAAAACUG